AUGCCGCCCCGGAGGUCCCAUACGAAAUCCCGCAAUGGCUGUGACCAGUGCAAGAAGAGGCGCGUCAAGGUAUCUUCCCUGUUGGCCCGGAGUCAUUCCUCGCCCGCGACACCCCCAAUCAAUGGCGGACAUUUCGUUCCACCGCCUCCCGAUCCCCGAGUCCACUCGAUUGCCGGCCCGUCGCGGCGGCGGGACCUAGAGCUAAUGCACAAAUUCUCUACGGAGACCUAUGAGAGUCUCUGUAAUGCCUCCACUGAUCGAUACACCUGGCAGAUCACCAUGCCACGGAAAGCCCUCGAGCAUGACUUUCUCAUGAACGGGAUUCUGGCCGUGGCAGCACUACACACGGCAGCGACGACAAACCCCCCUGAGGCACUAUCGUAUCUCGACGCAGCCCUCGAGUAUCACAAUCAGGCAUUCACCCCAUUUCGUCAGGCCGUCGACAAUAUGACCCCCAGCAACUGUGAUGCCGUCUUCGCCCAUUCGGUUAUCACCACUGUCAUCGGUAUCGGGCUACCUCACCUCACGGCGGAGCGAGGCGAAAGCCCCAGCAUGACGGAGAACAUCAUCGUAGUCUGCGAGCUGUUACAGGGGGUUAGUAACAUCUUCAGAAUCGGCCGCUCAUGGUUCCAGACAAGCCUCUACUCCCGAAGCAAGUUCUUUGACGACCACGCGCAAGACUUGGCCAGUGACACGGAGGAAGCUCUCACCCGCUUGACCGCUAUAAAUGAUGCCAUAAUGGCCCGAGUGGAUGCAGAUCAGCACCGUAUCAUUAAAGAUGCCCUAGGUCUGCUCCGUCGCAGCUUCACGCGCUACAGAUCUUCCCCGGAUGCCGCUUCCGUAUUAUCGUGGCUUGCUGUCGUCGAUAAGGAAUUCGUGCAUGCUUUGAGACGUCGUCAGCCGCUGGCGUUGCUCGCCUUGAUGCAUUGGGCCGUUCUUCUCGGCGAGCUGGAUGGAAAGGUCUGGUGGGCAAAGAAGUCCGGUCCCGCGUUGGUCUCCGAGUUGCUGGUCGCAUUGCGCCCGGGUGACCUUCAGUGGGAGGCUGCUCGCUCGUGGCCAAAACAGAAGUUGGGACUGUGA